AUGAUGAACUACCCGGGUCAUGCGUUCCACCCUCAACAGCCGCAGCAGCCUCAACCGCAACAGCAUCAAGCUCAACCUCAACAUCCGUUAGGUCCGCAGCCUCCACGCCAUGGUCAGUCACCAUUGUUAGGCAACGGUCCGGCUCUUCCGCAGCAUGGCAGUCCUUUCACAGGCAACAAGCCCGUUUUCCGAGGGCAACCUCAGCAGAAUUUCGCUGCGUCACAGUCGCCGGAUUUACGCAAGAUGACCCCGACAUCGGGCUCACUUGGUGGAUACCCCACCAGCAGCGGGUUUGCCCAAUUUCCAGGCCAGUAUGCGCCGCAAAGCUCCCCGGAUUUGAUGUCUCGUAAUCCGGAUCCCAUGGCUUUACAGAAUCUCCAGCGUAGCUUCAACCCAAUGGCGCAUAUUCGUCCGCAAACUGGAAUGAGUCCUUCUGGAAUGGCCCAUGGUCAUCCGAUGAAUGUUCCCUCUCCACAGCAGACAAUGAAUAGGCUUCCUCAUGCUGGUAUGCACCAACAGAGAGAGAAUCAUCCUUCCGCCAGUCCGUCCAUGGCUAGUCCAUCAAUGUUUGCUAUCCAACAACAACAAAGACAGACCCAGACUCAAUCCCAGCCGCAGUCACCUCAACAGACAAACCAACAAUUGCACCAACUUCAGCAGCAGCAGUUUCAACAGCAGCAACGGAUCCAGGAGCAAAGGUUGGAACAGCAAAAGCAGAUGCAGCAGCACCGUUUAGAACAACGGCGGAUGGAGCAGCAGCAGAUGAUGGAGCAGCAACGACAAAUGAAACACCAGGAAUAUGGACGGGAUCACCGCAUGCAGCAGAGCGUUGCACAAUACCAGCAGGAACAGCAACAUCAGCAGAUGCUGGAAAAGCAGCGCAUAGAGCAGCGGACGCAAAAGGAGCGCGAGGAGCUUUUACAAAAGCAAAAGGUCGAGGAAGAAGCUCGACGUCGAGAGCAGGAGGAGGCACGAAUGAAAAAGGAGAUUUUGGAAAGGGAGCAGCGGGAACAGCAGAGGCAACUUGAGCAACAGCGGAGACGUCAAGAGGCAGAGGAUAUAGUUCGAUAUCAAAAGGAGCAACAAGAGGAGCAAGAACGACAACAGCGCCAGCAGCAACAGCAACAACAACAACAACAACAACAGUUGGAGCAACAGAGAUUACAGAAGUUGCAGCAACAGACCCAGGCUCAUGUCCAAAACCCAUAUCAACAACAAUCUCCGUUCGCUCAACACUCUCAACCUCCGUUCCACCCCUCUCAGUAUCAGCCGCAGCACUUCGCCCAGCACCAGGCCCAGUUCGCUCAACCGACGCAACCCCAGUUCCAACCAACUUCGCACCAAGCUCAGUUCCACCAGUACCAGCCAGCCUCGCAUCCAGCUGGUGUUCCGGCAUCUCAGACAACCAUGCCGACUGUUUCUGCAGCAGAGGAGAGUCCGUUCAUGAACCAUGAGCUAAGCCCUGCGCCCAAGAAGAAGAACAACAAACCUAAGAAGUCUGCCCCUGUUCAACCCGAACCCGUUCAGGUGCCACCGCCUCCUCAACCGCAACCUAAUAUCCCUGCUGCUAUUCCCACUGCCCCUCCUACUCUCCCUAACGGACAAGGACAGAUUCCCCCUGUGCCAUCAGCAGGUGGUGAGCUUGCUGCUCCGCCUGCGAAGCGUCGCCGUGGUCGACCACGCAAAGAAGAGGUAGCUGCGAGGGCUGCCGCAGCGGCUGCUGCUGCCGCUCAAAAUGGCGAGCCUAUUCCCGGAAUGAACCAGCCAGGACAGGCCUCUUUCACCUCAAACAUGACCCCCACCGCCCCAGGUGCUCCAGCGCCAGGCAAACCCGCGACUAUUAUCGGACCGGAUGGGACUCCUUUGAAGCGGAAACGCGGACGUCCACGCAAGGCCGAUCAGAUUGCGUGGGCUGCUGCAACCGGUCAACCCUUGCCACCGCCUAAACCGAGAAAGCCAUCCUCGGCGAAGCCAAAGCCACCAGGCACAGGCCGGCCGCGUGGAAGACCUCGAAAAGCCGAUGUGGCUGCGGCGGCCGCGGCGGCUGCUGCUGCCGCUGCCGCUGCCAAUGGGGAUCAGACACAAACAGCUGGCCAAGGUCAAUUUGAUGAAAGCGCUAAUGCAACAAUAAUUCAAAAACAUGCGGCCCCUGCAGUUGAUGAGGAACCACGCAAACGUCCAACACCAAGUCCAUCCCAGAUGCAUCAAGGUCAGACUUUGCCGCAACAGCAAGCCCACAUGUUCCAACAGAGUCAGCCUGUGCAGCAGCAGCCAGGCCAGCAUAUUGGUCAGCCUCAAGUCCAACACAUGCAUCAACAGGCUCAGCAUCUUUCUCCUCAGCCUCCGCAUAUGCCCAAUGGCUUGUCCCAGCAACCGGGGCCGCCACUGUCAAUGCCCCAACACAUUCAAAUGCAUCAUCAAUCUCCUAUUCACCCACCUCGACCCCUUCCGCACCAACAAUCCUACAUGCAAUCUCCCAUGCAACAACAAAUGCAACACCCCGUGCAAGCCCAGUCCCCCGUCCACGGAAUGCAAGGACAGCAGCAGCGCAGAGCACCCAUCCCACAACGCAGCCAGGCACCCCCUCCGCCUGCCCCUCAACAUGAGCACCAGCAUACCUUCCAAAUCCAAAUGCAACCACAGCCAACCUAA